AGGAAGAUUUAUACUUCAUUUGGGAAAUAUUACGAUUUAUUCGUAUUUUUGGUUGUUUUCCUACGUCAAACAAAUAAACAGAAAAAAGAGCAGUGUUGCUGCAGAAAUGUACUUUGCUGCUUUAGGGCCAGGUCGUUAAUUCUCAUUUCUCUUUUUUUUACCAGAGAGCAAAGAAGCAGUUCAUAUUUUUCAGUUUGGACUCCUUUUGAACUUAUUUUGCAAUCUUUUACCUGUGCCAGUUUGCCAAGCUUGCUUCACACGAAUAUAAACAGCUCAAGGCAAAAAGGAAAACAAGAUAGGCUUCUACUAAGUUUUCAUAAUUACCCUAAUUUCCACCGCCCUUUGGUUUUUUUACAACUUUUGAGACGGCGUUAUUUGAGAGGAUCGUUUGAUUGAUUUAGAAAAUUUGGUCCAAUAAAUUAGGCAUUAAAGUUACUCUUCCUGACAUAACACUCAUCCAUUUCAAAUUUUCUAACCAAAAGUCUUUUCGGUUUCUUAUAAUUAUAAUUACGUUCUUGCCGAAAAUAUUAUCUCCCGGGUCUCCUUUUGACGUUUAAAUGCUGAUUUGGAAAGUUUAUAACUUGAGUUAUAACCCAUAACCUGGGGCGUUUUUAUCUUAAUGACAUACUUCAAUCUUCAAUCACUCGCAUUUUUUUCCUUUAUCUGUGUAGCUUAUUAAUAUUCAGCUCCGGCUCCAUCCGAAGUCUCCCCAAUUUUAUUAUCUUUUGGUGUUUAUUUGAUUAUAUUUUAUCCACUGGUGUUAAACCAGUUAAAAAUUAUUCGACGUUUAUUAUCUUCUUUCUGAAACAGAACUGCUUAGAGGUCAAUGACUAUUAAGACUUGUUUUGGAUGGGUUGCUGUUGGAUUGACUAUUCUCGGAAUAUCAGGGAUUUUCCUGUCUGGAAUUGUGGGUCUUGUCUGGGGGCCACUCUGUCUUCUGGGAGACAAUGACCUUCAAAAACAAAUGAACUGCAGUCAAAUAGUUAGAAGCAAACCAAUAUCUAUGGCCUUGAUAGUGUGUGGUUUCAUGGUUCUCUCGCUGACCAUAGCCAUAGUGACCAUAGAAGUCAGAACCCAAGUUGCAGAGCGACUCAAUGGCAAUGAUCCGCUCACUCUCAAUAAUCCUGAUAAUUUCCACUACAAGUACAGCAUCAGCUAUGCAGAUAUCCAAGAUAACGACCAAGGACUAACCCUAAAAAUUGGACCGAACCCAAACUACAUAGGAAAUGAAACAAAAAAAAUCACUUCACAAUUCAAUGACACGAGAAGUGGAAAAAACAUGUAUCGCAAAAUAUCAACUGUUUCAUUCGAUUUGCCAAAUGAAAACAACACACCGGAAACACUAUUAAGUGUUCAGGUUGAUAAAAAAGAAGCAAAACCGCAGAUCAAUUUUGUUCAAUCCGAGGUUCAAAGUUUUCCGAGUGAACAAAAUUUGCAGAAAAAGCAGUUUGAAAAGCUGAGAAUGAGCCAAACAGAUGAAAGUGCAAACUCAACACCUUGCUCCGCUAAUUUCAAAUUUGCAGAUGACAUAGGCUAAAAAACGCUUUGUUAGUCAAAAAUUAUUAAACUACUCACUUGAAAAAACGGCAUUAUUUUGUUAUAAAUUGUUUGUUGUG